AUGGAGGAAGAGAAUGGCACAGUGAACACUGAGUUCCUCCUCCUGGGAUUCAGUGACCACCCAGAAAUUCAAGGCCUUCUUUUUGCUGUGUUCUUCUCCAUCUACUCUGUGACACUGCUGGGUAAUAUUGGGAUGAUUUUAGUAAUCACAAUCAGUUCUGACCUGCACACCCCUAUGUACUUUUUCCUCUGCAUAUUGUCCCUCAUAGAUGCAUGCUACUCUUCUGUCAUUGCUCCAAAACUGCUUGUGGACUUGGUUUCUGAUGAGAAGAUAAUUUCUUACAAUGGGUGUGCUACACAGCUCUAUUUUUUCUGUUCUUUGGUUGAUACAGAAUCUUUCCUCUUGGCUGCCAUGGCUUAUGACCGGUACAUAGCAAUCUGUCACCCAUUACUUUACACUGUUAUCAUGUCCAAGAGGAUUUGUUGCCAGCUUGCAAUGGGAGCGUUUUUGGGAGGCACCAUGAGCUCCAUUGUUCACACCACCAACACAUUCCAUCUCUCUUUCUGUUCCAAAGACAUUAACCAUUUCUUUUGUGAUAUCUCACCACUGUUUUCUCUGUCCUGCACUGACACUUACAUGCAUGACAUCAUUCUUGUAGUCUUCGCUAGUUUGGUUGAAGCUAUCUGUCUCCUAACAGUUCUUCUCUCAUAUGUUUUCAUCAUAGCAGCUAUUCUCAAGACAGGUUCUGCUGAGGGAAGAAAGAAGGGGUUCUCCACUUGUGCUUCUCACCUGAUCGUUGUCACUAUCUACCACGGUACCCUGAUCUUCAUUUAUUUGCGCCCCAGCACAGAUCAUUCCCUGGAUAUUGACAAAGUGACCUCUGUGUUCUAUACGUUGAUUAUACCUAUGUUGAAUCCCCUGAUUUACAGUCUAAGGAACAAAGAUGUCAAAAAUGCCUUUAGAAAAAUGAUCAGUCGAAUAUUAUUUUCUUAG